GCACCCAGAGCUACCCAUCAUCUUCUUCCCUCCACAGACAUCUGCUCCAUCCAGCAGAGCUUGCAAUGGCGCCUCAGAGGCAGCAGCAGCAGCAGCACAAGGCCGCCGUGAUCGCCCUCUUCCUGCUGUCCGCCCUCGUGGCUGCGCCCGCCGUUGCUGCUUCCAGGCCCGAAUCCGGCGGUUACGCACCCGCCACGCCAUCCGAGGCCGCGACGCCGGCUGAGCCCGCCGCCAGCACGCCCGCCGACGCGGCGUCACCCUCCAAGAAGGCGGCAGGCUACACUGACUCUACGCCAGCCGAGCCCUCCGCCAGCACGCCUGCCGAUGCGGCGACGCCCGCCAAGAAGGCGGGAGGCUACACUGACUCUACACCGGCCGAGUCCUCAGCCAGCACGCCCGCCCAGGCGGCGACACCGACCGAUGCCGCUGCCAGCACGCCCGCUGAGGGGGGGACGCCGACCGACGCCGCCGCCAGCACGCCCGCCGAGGCGGCGACCCCGACCGAUUCCGCCGCCAGCACUCCCGCCGAGGGGGGAACGCCCGACAAGGCCGCGGCGGGCUACAGUGACACUACGCCGGCCGAGCAGCCCGCCGCCGAUGGCACUAAGACGGCGCCCGGGGAGGGGAAGGCGACGACGGUCGAGCAGAAGUUCAUCGAGAAGAUGAACCAAGCGUACAAGAAGGCUGUGGAAGCGGCCAACGUGGCGGAGCAAGAGGACAAGUUUUCUGUUUUCGACGCCACCUUCAACAAGGAGAUCAAGCAGUGCCUCGCCGGCAUGAGCGCCAAAUUCAUGGCCAUGAUCGACCGCGCCUUCAAGAUAGCGUACAACUCCGCCGCCGGCGCCGCCACGGCGAAGGAAAAGUUCGCCAUGUUGUUUCUCACCCUCACAGAGGCCCUCCGCUUCAUUUCCGCCACCCUGGACGCCCACGCCAUCAAGCCGGCCAUGGAGGAGGUGGUUGCCGGAGGCGUGAAGGCCGCAUCCGGCGCGACGCAGGUCAUCAAGAAGCUCGACACGGUCAUCAAGGCAGCCUCCGCUGCUGCCAAAGAAGCUCCGAAAGCCGACAGGAUCCUCGUGUUCCAAGCCGCCCUCAACAAGUUCAUGAAGGAGCAGAUGGGCCCCGCCUACGAUCAGCAGAUGAUGUCCGACCUUGACGCGGAGGUCAAAAAGGCCGCCGCCUCCUCCUCCGCCUCCAAGACCGAAACUAAGGACACCGACGUCGCGGACGCCUUGGCGAAGACCAUCACCACCAUUGCCAACGCCACCAAGGAUGGCGCGGAAACUGCUGCCGCGCCCGUCGCAGAAGCCGGUACCAAGACUGCAGCUGCCGAAUCCGGCUACAAGGCCGCCGACAAAUCCGCUGCCGAGCCCGCUGCCGCGCCAGCUGCCGAAUCCGACUACAAGGCCGCCGAUAAAUCCGCUGCCGAGCCCGCUGCCGCGCCCGCUGCCGAAGCCGCAACCGCGCCUGCUGCCGAUGCCGCUUCCAAGCCCGCGGCUGCUGAAUCCGGUUACAAGGCCAAGGCCGAAGCCGCUCCCGAGCCCGCAGCAGAAUCCGCCACCAAGUCCGCUGCCAAGCCCGCAGCCGAUGCCGCUCCCGAGCCCGCUGCGGAAGCGGCUACCAAGCCCGCAGAUGGCAAAGCCGGCUACAAGGCCUCCGCCGAUGCCGCGACCAAGCCUGCUGCCGCAGGCGGCUACAAUCUGUGAGCUGCUGGCGCUAGCUAGCUUUUCCCUUUCCCUUCCUUCAUGCAUUUAGCGGCGCGAUCGACACAGUGCCAUUGCAUUAAUAAUUCCUUUUGUAAUUUUUCUCUAGCAUUUAUGUGGUGGUGCAUUGCAUGGAUGGAUAAUAUGCAAUCCCCCUGAUAAGUCAGGAUAAGGCCCUGUGAGCCGUGAUAAAUCUUCAGUUAUGCUAAUAUAUAUAGUUGGACUGGUUUAUUUUUCAGCUA